UAUCAAUAACAGUGUAAAUAAGAAUCUCCGGACAACUUCAAAUCAAAAUAGCAAAAUAAAAAAGUGCCAUUUAGCAGCAGAAGCAAAGAGAGCAGCAGAAAAUGUGGUCAGUAAAAAAUUUGUGCGCUAAAUUGAAAAACAAAUGCAGCUAAUUAAAUCGAAUAAUCAGAGCGAAAUUCGGCGAACGCAGUAUUCGUAGCAAUAACUACAACAACAUCAACAACGGCAAUAAUACCAAUAACGGGCACAGCAUAAUUUGCAGAAGACGUAGAAAUUUGUUGUGGAAAAUGAGUGGUAGCGGUGGGGGUGGUGGUGGCGGCGGCGGCAGCGGACGUUUGGCGGCAGCUCAAUCACUGCAAAAUGAGCACGCCGAAGCGCUACUGGUGCAGCUUAAUGAGUUCCGCAAAAGUGAGCAGUACACGGAUGUUUGCUUGAUUUGCGGCGAUGUGCGGAUUAUGGCCCAUCGAAAUAUACUCGCCGCUGCGAGUCCCUAUUUCCAGGCGAUGUUUGGCGGCAACUUCCCGGAGAGCUCUCAGCGUGAGGUGCAUAUUCAUGAAAUGGAUCCGCGCUGCUUGGAACUGGCGGUGGACUUCAUUUACACCGGUCAUUUGGAUAACUACGUCGAUUGUGUGCAGCAGCUUCUUGAGACAGCUGCCUUUCUGCAGCUGGAGCACUUGCUCGAUUUGUGUACAGAUUAUAUGUGCGCGCAGCUGGACGCAGACAAUUGUCUGGGCUUCAAACAUUUCGCAGAAAAGCAAAACAACUUCACGCUGCUUGACUCGGCUUGUCAAUACAUUAUUACGCAUUUUAAGGAGGUGGUUCAGAGUGAAGAGUUUUUGGAGAUGACCUACUCAGAGCUCAGCAAUAUUUUGGCCAACGAUGCGCUCUACGUACACUCCGAUGACGCUGUGCUUUGCGGCUUGACACGCUGGACUGAGCAUCGGCCUGCAGAGCGCACAGCUAACUUGGCGCCGCUGCUUCGUUACAUACACCCCGCCUGCGUAACAGCUGAGGUGGCACGCUCACUGCCCAUUCUCAAACAGAGCGCGGAGAGUCAGAAUUGGCUGCGCGAUGUGCUGCACAGCGCCGACAGUGUGGAAUGGCAAAUUUUUGUGCUCGAUAAAAUGGGUCGCACACCAGAUCUGCAACGCUUCGACUUGACAUUCAAUGAGGCCACGCAGCUACAACCGCUGCCACGUCCAGCAUUUGCAGUGAGUUUGACGGCACAUAAGAAUAUUUUGUACGCCCAAGGUGGCAGUGUGGGUCGCAGCACAUGCGAGUGUUUCUAUUACAACAUCUAUCGUGAUCAGUGGCAUGAGUUGCAUCCACUGCUGAUGGAGCGUUCGCAUCAUCGAUCGGUCGUAUUGAACGGGUGUUUGUAUGCGCUUGGCGGGAAUACUUUGCAAGGAGCAACCUGCUCAGUGGAAUGUUUGAAUUUGGUGACAAACAAGGCGACUUUCCGGGAGAAUAUGCUGGCGAAACGCAAUGCAAUGGGAGCGGUGGUGUGUGAUCACACGCUCUAUGUGAUGGGCGGCGAGACGGAUCAUCGUUCACUUUACUCGGUGGAACGCUAUGAUCCGCGCUUGGGUCAGUGGCACGAGAUGCCCGCCAUGCGUGAGGUGAACAGCUAUUGCUCGAGUGCCGCCAUUGGUUCGCAUAUUUAUUGCUGCGAGGGUCUAGGCAGUUGUAUGGAACGUUUCGAUUUGCGCGCCAAUCGUUGGGAUGUCAUCAAUUUUUGGGAAGAGCGCGAGUUCUAUGAAAUCUUCGCUGUGGACAAUAAGUUGUAUAGCGUUUCGGGUGAGGCCAUCUCACGCUACGAUGAGACGGAGAACAAAUGGCAGUGCGAAUUUAAAUUCACGGAAUCGCGCGAAUGGGACACAGCCAUCGGCUUGCAAAUGGUCAACUAUUUGCGACUCUAAGAUUUCUUAGAAAUUAAAAGUAGCAAAGUAAUAGAGAGAGAGAAAAGUUUGAUUGGUAGCUGGUAAUUGGUAAGUGAAUCCACAUACAAAAAAAGUGGGCGCCGGAAAAAAGUAACACCAAUAUUAUCUGCUAUGCAGCUUUUGCUGUGAAGAUUGAUGUGGUAACAACUUUUGUGUAAUAAAAUUAGUAAAAGUAGCAGAAAGGUGUUUACUUUUUUUGACAAAAAAAUGCGAAAUGACAUUUUUAGGUGCUCGACCGAAUUUCUAUUUUUGUUGUGUUGUGCAUUCGAAGCGAAUGCACUUUAAAAUGUAUCCUUAAUAGUUAUUUACUAAGAAUAUACAUAAACAUACAUACACUGCGUUAAAAAGCUAUAGCACUGGGAUUUAUUUAAAAUACUUGACUCAAAUAAGUCUCAUUUAAUUUUAGUAAUUUUUCUAGUAAUUUUCUCUAAAAUCCGAGUUUCAAAUAAAAUUCAACAAAUUUGCAUUACAAAAAUUUUUAAACUUUGUAAUCAGCGGCAGGCUAAUCACUUACCCUGUCAGAAAUCAAAACAGAUUAACGAAACCAACGAAAGACUGAGUCUUGUCGGGGCCCUAUGCUCCCGAGAGGAGUGAACAAGGAAAAAAAAUCAGAAUUUUUAGGAAAAAAAUCGAGUACAUAGUCUUAUAGUCAUUGAGUUUUACUACAAUAAAGGACAAGUUCCAAAUGGCUAAAGAGUCGCGUUGCUUUAUGAUAAUUUUGUUUUUCUGCAAAAGUUUUCUUUUCUACGCUUUUGAGUACCUUUUCUUUAUAAUUUGCUCUGAAAUAAAGAGUAGCUUUUCCAAGCGCACGCCACGGAUUUAUCAAGUACCUCAAGAUGACUGAUACUGAGUGAAAAUUGGACAUCUAACAUCGCUUUUAAUUAUUGUUAAUGAUAUAGAGAAAAAGCGCAGCACCGCUUGCAAAAAAAAAAAAAAUCCAAAAAUCAGAACAAUUUUUGGGGCACUUCAAAAUUACACUAGCAAAAUUUGAUGAACUAUAAGACGCCGCCGUAGCCGAAUGGGCUGGAGUUUAGAGAGAACGCAGGCUCGAAUCUCGGUGGAAGAUCAAAAUAAAGAAAAAGUUGUUUCUCAUAGCGGUCGCCCCUCAGCAGGCAAUGGCGAACCUCCGAGUGUAUUUCUGCCAUGAAAAAGCUCCUCAUAAAAAAUAGCUGCUGUUCGGAGUCGGCUUGAAACUGUAGGCCCCUCCAUUUCUGCAACAACAUCAAGACGUACACCACAAAUAGGAGGAUGAGCCAAACACGCAAGAAGGGUGUACGCGCCAAUUAUAUAUAUGUAUAUAUAUAAGACUGCGUACUCGAAAUUUUUCUUAAAAUUUGGAUUAAAAGGUGUGAAAUAUUGAUGAAAAUUUGUUGAUUUUUUUCAUAAAUUUGCUAGGAAAAUGAAUUAGAUUUUCCUAAAAAAUUAUUAUAAUUACCAAGAAGGAAAUUAAUUACCAAAAUUCGUCAAUAAGUCCUUCUGCUAUAGUUAUUUAAGGCACUACAUAUUAGUGGCACGUGCAUAUUAUAUGUACGUGCGUAUAUAUAUAAAUCUAAAAGUUGUAUUGCCAGUUGUAUUGGCGUACAAGUGAUUUUAAUUGCAUUAAUUAUUACACGAAAACGUAGUUUAAAAACUAAUAAAACUCAAAAGGAAAGAAUGUUGAUACACUCUGAAAAUUGUAUGGCAGAGUGAUUUUAAGAUUUUGAUUAAAUUUGAAUAAAAUAAAUUUUAACGUUACAUACUCCCCAUAAA